AUUGAUUUUAGUCAUUUUAUGAAGAUAUGUGGAGCUUCGGGUCCACAGAUCUUAAAUUUGAAUUCAGAAAUGUCCAUAUAUAAACCUCAAUGAUCUAACUCUUACACUCGAUCAAACUUGGGAUAUCAAAUUAGCAAUGAUAUAAACCACUACCCAAGUCCCAAAACAUUUUCAUAACAGAUUUGCUUAGUUGAUAUAAUAUAAUUUAUCAAUAGUAGUGCCUUUUGUACGAUCUGAAAAAUCAACCAUCUUGUACUCACUAAUAACCAAAACAAAACCGUCCCCUAAAUUAAUGUAUCACACGUUCUUAUAAUAUCAUCUCCUAUGAUCUUACCAUCACUUUUUUGUUCCCUUCCGAAGCCAAAAAAAGACAAAAAGAAAUAAACGACGAGGCUUUUGCUUAUUUUAUAAAGCUCUUUCACCGGCAAAUUGGUCCUCAUGAAACCGGGAAGUCCAAUUACUUACCUCCACCGUCAAAUCGUUAAACCAUUUGCAACCAUCGAUGGUGGUCAUGUCACGUUUAAGCUUCUACUCUUCCUUCGUCCUACUACUGUUACAGCUCGCUGUCGCUCAAACCGAGUUUGCUAAUGAUGGAGGAAGGACAAAUAUCAGUCCAAGCAUGGUUAUACUCAUGAUCGUACUCGUUAGUGUUUUUUUCGGAAUUGGAUGUAUCUCCGUCUCCAUGCGGAGUUGUAUCGAGCGAGCUACAGGGUUGGGCGGCUAUAGUCGCCAAGGAAACUGGCGUAACGUGAGGCAAACGACGGCGCGUGGGCUCGACGCGUCUGUUAUAGAAACGUUUCCAACGUUUCGUUACUCUACCGUGAAGACGUUGAGGAUCGGCAAAGAAGCUUUGGAGUGUCCCGUUUGCCUCAACGAGUUCGAGGACGACGAAUCGCUGCGUUUGAUUCCUCAGUGUUGUCAUGUGUUUCAUCCUGGUUGCAUUGAGGCUUGGCUCCGUUCUCAAACAACAUGUCCUCUCUGCCGUGCCAAUCUAGUUCCUGUACCAGGUGAAUCUGUUUCUUUGGAGAUACCCGGUUUAGCUAGAGAAACCGGUCAGAGCUCUCUCGGGACGCCGAUUGAUGAUAACGGGAAAAGGGUUUUGGCUUCACCGGACGAGCGGUUGAUUGACUCUGUGGCUUGGACGGGUAACCAAAGCAUGCCAUGUAAGUCCAUGUCUACAGGUUGGAAACUAGCUGGAUUGUUCAGCCCGACUAGUUCUCCCGGUCAACCAGAGGAGAAUCUCGACCGGUUUACACUGAGGUUUCCACAAGAGAUACACGAUCAGCUCGUGAAAUCCAGCCGAGGAAACCAAGGGUCAAAAGACCAUGUGGCGUUACCUCAAGCAAGGAGCUCAGUUAGAGGGUACAGAACCAAAAGCCUAGGGACUGAAAAGAACUAUUUCUACUCUGAACGGUUUGAUCAAGACGGUCGAUUAGACCGAAGACCAUUUUCUAUAACUCCUCCGUACCAUACCCGGUCGAUCCAGUCUCCGGAUGAGAUUAUCAACGGUAGCGGUAAUUAUCAGGAGCGUCCUGGUGCACCUAAAGGUUUGCUUCUAGCGAUAAGGUCACCCUUUGAUCGGUUAUUCACCAAGAAGAACAAUGUCGGUGAACGUUCGUACCUGCGAUCCAGCGAUGCCAGCCCUGCCUAGACGGAUUUAUACUAUUUGGUUUAUUAAGAUAUUUCAGAAAUAAAGAAAAUCUGUAUAUAUAGUUUCUUUCUUCUAGUUUCUAUAUGUUAUAUUCGCGAAAUUUAAUUCCUUCACCAAUAUAAUGCAUCUAUUACUGAAAUACAGUAGUAAUAAAAGAUGGACCAUUUUGUUCUAUUA